GACCUUUAUUUUGAUUUUGUGUUUUGCAGCUGUUCUGCUUUUGUUGAUUGUCUAAUUGAAUCACUGGACUGGUCAAUACAAUGUCAUGGGAUUAUAAAUUCCCGUGACAACAUCACAGGCAUGUUUUUCAGUAGUCCAUAACUAGAAUAGAUUGAAUUUACAAUGACCAAUGAAAACAGAAGAGCAAAUCGAGUGUCUGAACCAUUUUCCGUUAUGAAUGACUUGAUCUUUGACCAGAUUGUAGCUGUAAAAGUCAAUAAACAGUAAGCAUAAAGUUCUAAUAAGCACCACAUGGCAAACGAUGACACGAGUCGCCCGUUGCGAAAAGUUUCCAACUUUCCGACAGACCUUGAAGGCAGCGCUCGGUAGCUAGCGGGCUAGCUUAGCGUUUGGCCGGCAGCGAUAAAUGGCGAUGCCCGCCCGCCGCCGCGAUUAGCUGCGCUCGCCUCCCGUUCUCUUCUCGGCUCCUGUCCCGGGGCGAACCUAGGCUCGCCUCGCAUGGACGUCGGCGAGUGCGUCGUGUCGGCGGGCCGCGCCGUGCUGGACAUGGCGCAGCGGGAGUGGCAGCCGCUGUCGCCGGGCGAGCUGGAGCAGCGGCUGGACCAGGCGGUCGAGGAGGUCCUGGAGGCCGAGCUGAUGGCCCGACUAGACGCCGAGCCUUCGCCGACGAGAGGCUGCGGUCGGGCGCCGCGGAGUCCGGUGUGCGUGGAGCCGCGAGGUCCGCAAGGCUGCAUCAGUCCCGCGGAGGAAGAGACACCGGAGCCCGGAGCGCCGUGGGAGAGCGAGUCCGGUGCGGCAGUGAAGCACAUCACAGGCCUGCUUCAAAGCUCCGGAUCCAGGGCUCGAUUGGCCGGACGUGCACGCUUGUCUCUGUCCCACACCGUCCUGCUGUCCCUCGCCCUGCUGUCUGAGCGCGUCAGCUACCGAUCUGUGUCCCGCCGCUUCCACCUGGAGAAAGGAAACAUCCACAGGAUCUUCUUCUCCUUCUGCGAGCGCCUCAACGCGCUGGAGGAGAAGCACAUCCGGUGGCCAGUCGGCAGGGAGGCUGAGGAAUCCCUUUUCCCACUUUGCAGUCCAGAGAUGGAUCAGCAAGGUGUCCCCCGGGUCCUGGCAGUGUUGGGACGCACCCGCGUCCCCAUCCGCCUGCCGAUAGGGAAACACGACGUGGAGAGCACAGUGCCUGAAGUGAAGAGGAUGAAGAAGGAGGCGCAUCCCGACUCCUGGCUGAACCUGCAGCUGGCGUGCGACCGCCGUGGCCGGUUUCUACACUGCAGCGUCAGCAAAGGAUCGGACACGGACGGAGGCGGCGCUCUGAGGGACAAACUCAAGCAGCGUCCUGAGCUGAUGCCCCCCGGCUCCUGCCUCGUGGCCAGAGGCGGACACCCGCUCAGCGCUCGGGUUCUGACUCCGUACUCGGGAAGUCUCGGACCGAGAGAGGAGCUCUUCAACAAGGUGCUGGAGGAGCAUUUCCACAUCCUGGAUCAGGCAGUUGGCAACCUGAAGGCCAGAUUUAAAAGGCUCAGGUAUCUGGACAUCGCAAACUACGAGCGAGCGAGAGCUGUCGUGUUGACCGCCUGCGUGUUGCACAAUGUGUUUUUGGACAUUGGACAGGGGGCUCAGGGGGAUGUCGAGGAGGAGGAAGCCAUAACCCCACAGGGUGGGUUGGAGACAGAUGACGAGGGGUUGCAAAGACGCGACAGCAUCUCAGACUUGUUGUUUCAAAUGUUUGAUUCUGGAAGCGUGUGAUGUGAUGGCGUGUGGUGGGUGGGCGUAAAAUCGUUCAACAGGAAAUGUAUUAAUGAUUAAAGAAUGGGGACAGAAUUGACACAAAUACAAUUCAUGCAUCAAGGCCACUCAAAGGUUUUCUUUUCCAUACAUCUGAUCAUCAUGGACACGUCACACAGAUUUCAUUGUACAAAUGGUGCAGACAGAAUCUUCUCUUGUUUCUGUCUAAACCCCAUUUUGAUAAUGAGAUGACAUUAGUGCAGUUUUUCCAACAGUGGGAAAUAACUCAAAAAUAAUAUAAGGAUUUAUCUUUACAUUUUGAGUCUUAAUAAGACAACAGUAAAGGAUGGCUUUGACUUCAAAAGACUACAUUGUGUGGAUUAUCAGUUUUCCACAGUAAAUGUGGGUUAUUACUGUAGUUCACCAUAAUAGAUGAAAAAGGAUUAUAUUAAAACAUCCCCCUUGUUUAAGUAAACCCUAGGACUGUAGUAUGUACAUUUAAAAACCAAUAAGGGGUUUAAUAUGUAUCAUGACUUACAAAACUUCAAAGCAAAGCAAAUGAUUGUCAGUAAUCAUUUUACUGUUAUCUGUAAUAAUCACUAAAUAUGAGAUGUACAUACCUAUUUUCCACAGGUUUACAGAUAUGUAAACCUGUGGAAAAUAAUUAUGAUGCAGUUCUUCCCUUUGACCACUGGAGGGGAGUAAACUUUUAUAUUUAAAAUACACCCACGCCAACCGUCCACUACUACCAUAUAUACUGCGUUACCAUAAUAACAUCCGGUAGUUUCAAAAUAAAACCGUAAAAGCAA